AUUUGGGAUAUCGCUCGUACUCCGGAAACUUUACGAACACCUGUAUCAACGUUGGAAUGCCUGCAGGGCAAUUAUAUCCGAUCAUGCAAACUUACUGCAGACAGUACAAGCCUUAUCGUUGGUGGUGAAGCUAACAUAAUCACGAUAUGGGAUUUGCAGACGGGCACCAUUCGCACAGAAUUGGACAGCGAGUCGCAAGCUUGUUAUGCUUUAGCAUUAUCGCAUGAUCACAAGUUGCUGUUUGCCUGCUGUGCUGAUGGAAAUAUUGUUGUGUGGGAUAUCGAAUCCAAAACCAAGGUCACUUCGCUCCCGGGACAUCAAGAGGGAGCCUCAUGUAUUGAUCUCUCUUCGGACGGUUCUAAAUUAUGGACUGGAGGACUUGAUAACACGGUGCGCACGUGGGAUCUUCGAGAGCGGCGACAAUUGAGUCAGUUCGAUUUCCCGAGUCAGAUCUUCAGCUUAGGAUGUUGUCCAACGGAGGAUUGGGUUGCAGUGGGCAUGGAAAAUAAUAAUGUGGAG